AUGGAAAAGCCUUUGCAGGACCAAUACAUCUACAACAUCAUGAAGGGCACCAAGCUGGGGGAACGGAGAUGGGUGCUUUUGGGGAAGUGCCUUGCGCCCAAAUGUCUGGCGACUCUGCUAGGUAUCAGGUCUGAUCGUUUCAAGACCGCUGGUUCUGGCCAUUUGGACAGACGGUACCGUUGCUUUGGGGCUGUUGCUCAGCAGGAACUGGCAGAGCAAAGAGUUGACGUUCUUGAUAGGGACUCGCUCAUGAGUUUUCUUCUUCAGGUUAGGAAGAGGGCGCCCAUCAAGUAUUGGCGAAUUGAUCAGUUUUUUCUUCGGCUGUACAUCAACCAGGCCAGUAUGUUGCCCACCAAGUUCCAGCGUGCAGCUCGCUUGCGACAUGCUUCAGCACGAGGCAAGCCAGGCAAGCCUAGCGAUAUGGUAGCCGUGUGGGAGGCUGGAUGCCACACUGAUGAUUUGGAAGGACAUCCUGACUCCGAUGAAGAGGAGCACUUCACUGUGGGUGAAGAGUCCAUUGAGACUGAUAUGGAGCUCAAAUUGCACGUAAUGGGUUCCAAAGCUUUGUGGACUCAGAUCGUUGAAUCCAACUUCGGCCAAGAGCCGUCGGACCUCCCCACCAGGUUUUUACCACCUGGUAACUUGCGAAUGUAUUCUCACUUCCAUCGCAGAUACUGCCAGAAGUGGGCAAAUUUGCUUCGAUUUGCGAGCCCUACCAACUUUCCUGCAUGCGAUGACUGCACAGCGUACAAGGCAGCCUUUGAGGAUUCCAAUGAUGCCUUGGAUCGAUUCACCAUCAGCAGGCAAUACAAAGGGCAUCUUGAUGCCGUUGCUCAAGACAGAAAGCUGGAAAACUUUUUGGAGGAUUGCAAACCUGGUGAUGAAUCAGGCACUUUGGUGAUCCAUGCAGACGGAAUGGAUCAGAGCAAGUGGGCCAUCCCAAGAUUGCGCCAUUCCAACAUCUCGAAGAGUGUGGGGAAGUUUGACAGGCCAAAAGGAAAGGUUCAGGGCAUUUGGGCCCACCACAUUGGUCUUUGGCUUUAUGCCUUGGACCCCCGAGUGCCGGGGGAUGGGUCCAUGGUGGCCGAAACAUUGUGUCGUGUCCUUGACAAAGUAAGCGAGCACUGUUCUUCCCACAGCAUUGAUCCUCCCCGACGGGUCUUGCUGUGGGUGGACAAUACCGUGAAGGAGUCGAAGAAUAACACCAUGUUCAAGCUCCUCAGCUACAUCCUCUUGCAGAAAGGACUGGAGAUGGUGGGUGUGUGCAUGUCCCGUGUGGGACACACGCACGGAUGCUUGGGAAAUUGGAGUACAUUGUCGACAAGGUGA